GUUGCGUCGCGGGGCGGGGCGGGCGAGAGGUGUCCGUCGGGCUUCUGCCGUGUGUCCGUCGCCGCCGCCCCCGCCUUCGUGCCGCAUCUACCCCUGGCCAGCUUUUAGAGGGUACAGCGACAGCCAGGGCUUCAGGUGGUCACGCGCUGCCAAACAUCUCCGCCGAGCCGCCUUUUUAGCAGGCGGCUCUUCUGGGCCGAGUCCAGGUCGCGGGGAAAAUGGCGGCGGCGCCCCGGGGCGUUCGGAAGGGGCAGCUGCUAGGGUGUCGGUCCCGACCACUUUCCCGGCUCCUCUUUCUGGCCCAGGCCGUCCUCCUUUUGCUGCCCGCCGCCCAGGCAGGCCUCUGCCCCACGCUCUGCUCCUGCCGCAUUCCUGUGCUGGACUGCAGUCGCAGGAAACUGCCCGCGCCGAGCUGGAGGGUGCUGGAGGCCCCGCUGCCCCCCGACACUGUCAGUCUGGAUUUGAGUCACAAUCGGCUGUCUAACUGGAACAUCAGCUUGGAAUCACAAACGUUACAGGAAGUGAAAAUGAAUUAUAAUGAGCUAACAGAAAUCCCAUAUUUUGGAGAGCCAACAUCUAAUAUUACUAUACUUUCAUUAGUUCAUAAUAUAAUCCCAGAAAUAAAUGCAGAUGCACUCCAACUUUACCCUGCUCUUGAGAGUUUAGACCUCAGUUCAAAUAUAAUAUCAGAAAUCAAGACAUCUUCAUUUCCUCAAAUGCAGCUUAAAUACCUGAAUUUGAGUAAUAACCGGAUAACCACCUUGGAGGCCGGUUGCUUUGAUAAUUUAUCGAGUUCCUUGUUAGUGGUAAAGUUAAACCGGAACCGCAUUAGCCUGAUUCCACCAAAGAUCUUCAAGCUGCCUCACCUCCAGUUCUUGGAACUUAAAAGAAACAGGAUUAAAAUUGUGGAAGGUCUCACGUUCCAAGGACUUGACUCCUUAAGAUCUUUGAAAAUGCAGCGAAAUGGAAUUAGCAAACUUAAGGAUGGAGCAUUUUUUGGCUUGAACAACAUGGAAGAACUAGAACUGGAACACAAUAACCUUACACGAGUCAACAAGGGUUGGCUGUAUGGCUUACGAAUGUUACAACAGCUCUAUGUGAGCCAGAAUGCUAUUGAGCGGAUCAGCCCUGAUGCUUGGGAGUUUUGCCAAAGACUAUCUGAACUUGACUUGUCCUAUAACCAGUUGACCCGCCUGGAUGAAUCUGCCUUUGUGGGUUUGAGUUUACUGGAGAAAUUGAAUUUAGGAGACAACAGAGUUACUCACAUCGCCGAUGGUGUGUUUAGGUAUCUUUCCAGUCUUCAGACUCUAGACUUAAGAAACAAUGAAAUUUCAUGGGCCAUAGAAGACGCUAAUGAGGCCUUUGCUGGACUCACAAGUCUCACCAAACUAAUCCUACAAGGAAACCAGAUUAAGUCAAUUACAAAGAAAGCAUUCAUUGGUCUUGAGUCUCUUGAGCAUCUAGAUUUAAACAACAAUGCUAUAAUGUCUAUCCAGGAAAAUGCUUUUUCUCAGACUCACUUAAAAGAACUGGUUCUGAACACAAGCAGUUUACUCUGUGAUUGCCAUUUGAAAUGGUUACUUCAGUGGCUGGUUGAUAAUAACUUUCAACAUUCCGUGAAUGUCAGCUGUGCACACCCUGCAUGGCUGGCAGGGCAAAGCAUCCUGAGUGUGGAUCUGAAAGAUUUUGUCUGUGAUGAUUUUCUGAAGCCGCAGAUAAGGGCACAUCCUGAAACCACGGUUGCUCUAAGAGGCAUGAAUGUGACUCUGACAUGCACUGCAGUGAGCAGCAGUGAUUCACCCAUGUCCACCAUGUGGCGCAAAGACAGUGAAAUUUUGUAUGAUGUGGAUAUUGAGAAUUUUGUUCGUUAUCGACAACAAGCUGGAGAAGCUCUGGAAUAUACUAGUAUCUUACAUCUUUUCAGUGUAAAUUUUACAGAUGAAGGAAAAUAUCAGUGUAUUGUUACUAAUCACUUUGGUUCUAAUUAUUCUCAGAAGGCCAAACUGACUGUGAAUGAAAUGCCGUCUUUUCUGAAAACUCCAAUGGAUCUAACUAUUCGUACUGGUGCCAUGGCCAGGUUGGAAUGUGCUGCAGAGGGGCACCCUGCACCUCAGAUUUCCUGGCAGAAAGAUGGUGGUACUGACUUUCCUGCAGCUCGAGAAAGACGCAUGCACGUCAUGCCUGAAGAUGAUGUCUUCUUCAUUGCCAACGUGAAAAUAGAAGACAUGGGAAUCUAUAGCUGCAUGGCACAAAAUACAGCAGGAGGCCUCUCAGCAAACGCUUCACUAACAGUGUUAGAGACGCCUUCAUUUAUUAGACCCCUGGAGGACAAGACAGUAACCCGAGGUGAAACAGCGGUAUUACAGUGCAUAGCUGGAGGGAGUCCUGCUCCUCGCCUCAAUUGGACUAAGGAUGAUGGACCGCUGCUUGUGACAGAACGGCACUUCUUUGCUGCAGCCAACCAGCUUCUCAUCAUUGUAGAUGCUGGACUGGAAGAUGCUGGGAAAUAUACCUGCAUUAUGUCUAACACCCUUGGGACAGAGCGUGGCCACAUUUACCUAAAUGUCAUUUCAUCCCCCAAUUGUGACUCUUCCCAGAGUAGCAUUGGGCAUGAAGAUGAUGGCUGGACCACAAUUGGCAUCGUCAUCAUUGUUGUGGUUUGUUGUGUUGUGGGCACCUCUUUGAUCUGGGUCAUUGUUAUUUACCACAUGAGAAGGAAAAAUGAAGACUAUAGUAUCACAAACACAGAGGAGCUCAAUCUGCCUGCAGAUAUUCCCAGCUACUUGUCUUCCCAAGGAACACUGUCUGAGCCACAGGAAGGCUACAGCAACUCUGAAGCAGGCAGUCACCAGCAGCUUAUGCCUCCUGCCAAUGGCUACGUACACAAAGGCACUGACGGUGGCACUGGUACUCGGGUGAUCUGCUCAGAUUGUUAUGACAAUGCCAACAUCUACUCCAGGACUCGAGAGUACUGCCCGUAUACCUAUAUUGCUGAGGAGGAUGUUCUUGAUCAGACACUCUCCAGCCUUAUGGUUCAGAUGCCCAAAGAGACAUAUUUGACACAGCCUCCUCAAGAUGCCAGCGUCCUGGAAAGCCUGAUGUCAUCAGCAGACAGAGAGCUGUCUGCCUUUCCCACCAACCAUGAGAGGAUAAACGAGAAGAAACUUGCCUCCAUACAAAGGAGCAGUGAAACAUCGCCGCGGCCUCUGUGGAACAUAAACAGAGAACUAGGCCUGCCUCACCCUUCUUUUGCCCAGCAGCCAGUCCUUGAGUCACCACAACAUUGUCGAAAUGAGGGCCUAGCAGAGAAGGACCCAGACUGCCCCACUUCCCCCGUGUCCUGCCACAGGUUACAUGAGCACACUUUUGAUUUUAGUAGGACUCAGAACAUUCACGAUAGCAGCGAGGGCACAUGAAACUCACUGCAGGAUGAAAGCGUGGCAGAUACUCAUUACUUAAUUUUGUAUUUACUACCUCAGAGUUCAGAAGAAACCCAAAGUCAGCAUUUAUUUUACUCUUUGUUUACAAUUACAUCUGACCACACCAAAAUGGGGCAGGCAUUUGUUUGAGCUUAUACCUGACGAAGAGAGGGUACUGGCUGACAGAGAUGGGCAAUGGCAAGUGUGCAGCACCAGCGGAGGAAGGUUCGGGGCAAAGUGUGCUUUCUGAUGGUUCCAUGAGCAUGCGCCCAGCUGUGCCGUGCUCUUCAGGAAGAGUCUCAUUGCUGCUCACCAUGCUGGAGUGUCCUCCUCCUCAGAAUGAUCCUGAGGAAACACCAUUCCUUUGAUGUUCUGCUUUGUCUUCCUAAGAGCAGAAAUAACUGGAGUCUUCUGGGAAGUGUACCUGGAUUCUUCAUUGCUUUCCAGUAGUUAGAUGAGACUGGGGCUUUGAUAUUCAAGGUCUUCAGCAAGAAUCCCAGGCUUGAACACUGGUAACAAAUCAAAGGUUUUUGUAUCUUGUGAAUUUGUGUGUGUGCUGUUGCCCAGGGAUCUCAUUGUAAAUACAUGUACAUUUAUAAAUAAUUUUUCUAUGCAUUGACUCUAUGUGUGGACUGUAAUGUAAAUAUUUUUGAUAUGCCAAAAUGAUAUGAUAUCCCAGUAUAAUAUUGACAGCAGCUUCUUAGAUCACAGAUUUUUGGAUAACUUGGUUUAGUGAUAUGUGAAACUGUUUAAAGUUUUAAAAAUGUGUUCGUUAAGAAGUAUAUAGAGGCAGGGUACCUAGUAAUUGCAUACACACAAGUCUUGGUGUAAUUCACUGCCUUAUCAUGCCUAGAGAUUCAUAUAUCUAAUCAUUUGCCAUCUGUUUACAAGUGCCAGGUGAUCCCUUUCUUCAUUAAAAAAGCUGGCUCUUUUAUAGCCUGGGAGACCCAUCACAGUCACAUGCAUGUGGCUAGAGGAAAACCUGUUUGGAGAGUAUUUUCUUUCAGCAAAGUAUUUUAACAAAGAAACCAAAGAUUGCUUGAUUUCUUUCUUUCUUUUGCUUUUAAUCUCUCUUACCAGUGUAAGUGUAUCUUAAAAAGAGAAGAGUGCUCUGGGAGUAGAAGAGUGUAGAGAAAUUUCUGUACUGUAAAGCUUUGGAGUGGUCUUUGUUUUGUACAAGAGAUUAUUUAAACCAAAAAGUUUUCCUGAAUUUCUGAUAGUAAAAGCUUUAUGUAAACAAAGAACUUAACACUAAUGGAAUAUAAUGGACUCAAGUUCUUUGUGCUUUCAGAUUCUUUUAAUACAAGCUGUCCAGUUCUGCCAUUUAAUUGUAAUGUUCUUACUAGAUAAUUUCAAUCACUUGAAGAGAAAUAUCAGUGUCACU